CUCAAGAUUCACCUGGUUCGUUUUCAUUUCUAAUACUUGGAACCUCCUUAUAAGUGGAGCUCUCUCCGGCGAACCGUGCUCACCAUGGUGCAUCUCAUGGAUCUUCCACUAGAGGUUCUAGUUGCCAUUGUCAAAUCCAUGGACAGUACCAAUACGCUGCUACACGCAUGUCAAGCUAUCAGAACACUAUACGAGCGGAUACACGAAUUCAUCAGUCCUCGCAAGCGAGAUAAGUUGCUCCAUCUCGCCAUGAGCACUCACAGUACUGCGUUGCUGUUUGACUUGAUCCGCGCCGAUGACGAUUUUGUCAAAAGAGAUCCCACGCCGCUUUUAAUGCAUGCGGCAGGCAGAGCUGGGCAUACUGGAAGCUUGAGUCUCCUGCUCAAUACCUUUGACGCUGCGCAUCACGCAAGAGGAACUGAUGCAUUGCUGCAGCUAUUUUUGAAAGCAUUUGAAAAGAUGCGUGUCUCUGAUCGCAGCUAUUAUCUCAAUGCAGCCAUUACAAAAAUGAAGAUGGACAAUCAACAUCCAGGCCCAAUUCUGAAGACGAUGGCCACACCAAACGUGGAUGAGCAGGCCAGAAUCCGCCAAUUCAAGCUCGACUGGGUUUCGAUAGCUGAAGAUACAGUCGACUAUAGAAACGAAGAGAGACUGCCGGUUCGCUGGUUUCGUGAUGAUCUCAGAAUAGAGCCUUCACCAUCCGGCUGGACCAUGCAUAUGAGCCUCCGAAAGACCGGUUUCAAAGAAGACAACCCUCUCGUUUUGAUUUCAGCGGGCCAUUUACACUAUCGCCUAUUCUGUAUGUUUGGAGAAGCUUUAGACCAAUCGCUUGAUGUAGGCAAACAAUCUUGGGGCUACACUCUACGUCGAACAGGAGGCUGCCAAUCCGUCUUAGAAUUCUCAGACCACAAGAACUGGUGCUUUGUAGUGCGGUACAAGGGCACAGCAGAGUCUAGCGAAUUGGCGCUGGAUUUGCUUGGCCAUUUAUUCUCACCAUCAGCUGACCACCGAGCUGCGCUUUGUUUCGAGAGCAUCUUUCAACGCUGGAAUGGGUUUUCUGAAUUACUUAAAGCGUGUGGUAAGCUGAGCGGCAACAAGAAAUGGGACCAGCCUUCAAAGCGCAUCUAUGCUGGCCAUUUGUGGAAUGUUUUUAAACGCAUCCCAGUGACCGAUAGAAAGAUGUUGCUCGGAUUCAACGAAGUUAGAUCCAAAAAUUGGAACUCUUACGAUGUCCCAGACGCCGGGGCACUAGAUUCACGUCCAUGUCUUGUUUCAUACACGAGCGAUGCAUACAUGGUCAGGGACUAUUUCGCAACCCUCUGGACAUUGUUCCCAGUUCAGCCAGGUAGAUGGGAAACACGACAUAUGGGACGACUAAAAUGGGUUGAUGGGGACGACAACGACAACGAAGACGACGACGACUUGGUAGAAUGGAAGGAUUCGGAUCUUUAUACAUCAUUGGAGUAUAUGGAACUGUGCAAGUUGGAGGAGACUCAGCGUUCUCCCGGUUGGUAUCAGCCGUUUUUGCUUCGAGACCAUAUUUCACCUCAGAUGCUGUAUACCAUGCUCGACCACACGUUCCGCGGUGGUGAGUUGUAUAGCACUGAGGCGUCCAAGACUGCUACAAGACGUCAGGCGGAGUUUGAUCCCGUGACCGAAUCUCCAUGUAUCAUUCUGUAUUGGAUGGAGGACAUUAUGAAGGGAAAGACGCGGAUGACGAAAGCAACUUUUACAUUUGGCGCCGACGGUGCCAGUGUCAGGUUUACCGGAGUACAAAGGGCGGGUAGGUCUCUAAUGAAGAUGCUCCGCUGGAUGUGUUUUGGCAAUCUCGCGCAUCCAUACGAGCAUAGCCAAGUGAUGGACUGUACAGAUGAGUUAUUCUACUGUGGUGUCCUAAGUUUCCUAAAUGUUACCUAAUGUAGCUACACCAGUGUCUACAAAGUACGGCUAGAAAUAGGUCUAGCUUAGAAUUAAAUAGAUGGGCCAAUUCCUACUCCCGUCCAAAUU